AUGCAUUUGGUGCCUGAAUUGGCUUGUGGGGCACACGCCACACCACCCCGUUUUACUCGACGUCAGAUCAACCACCCCCGGCGAUAUUUUGGUCUUCUUUCCUCAUUCUCUGCAACUUCCAUCAGACGCACCACAAACAGCGCCAGGGUCAGCCAGUCGUCUCUCUCGAUGAGCUCCAGCCUUGCUUGGCGCUGCCGGGCAAACAGCCCCGGCGCGCUGUCGCUCUCGCGAAACUUUGCCGUCCUCCCCAACCACAUUGGUCUCGCGACGACCCGAGUCGCCCGCACCACGAAUCGCCACCGAUCUGUACAAUUUCGCAGCGUACAUCACACCACACCACCUGCCGCAUUACGCAGCAGCAAGGAGAUCCUUAACCCGUUGCUCAACCCGCCAGCGUCCACGCGGCCCCCUGUGCUGGAAGCAGUGCAGCGCGAGGCCUACAACUCGACACCCUCCUACCUCUUUCACCUGGGCAAAAGCUAUCUCAAGUUCUACAAGAACGGGCUCAAGGCCGUCUUUGCCAACCGCCGACUGCUACGAGAGAAGCUGGCGCGGACGCCCGCCGACGACCGGCCGUCGGUGUGGCGGCCGUACGUGGUGCCCAAGUCGUUUUCGCGUGCCGACUGGGUUCUGCUGUGGCGUGUGCGGCACGACCUGCUGCGUCUGCCGUGCUUUGGGCUCAUGUUUGUCAUCUGCGGCGAGUUCUCGCCGCUGGUGGUGAUGCUGGUGGACGGCAUCGUGCCGUACACAUGCCGCAUCCCGCGGCAGCUGCGCGGCAGCGCGGAAAAGGCCGAGACGCGCCGCCGGCAGGCCUUUCGGGAGCUGGAGACGGCGCACCCACACGGCGUGCUGAGCCCGCGCGUCUCCCCUUCCCUCGCCCGCAAGCACGUGCUGCGCAGCCUGCACCUGUCGGGCGCCAUGUGGGAUCGGCUGGGCUUCGUGCCACCCGGGCUGUGGGCGAUCAAGGGCACGCUGCGCAUGGCGUUCCUCGAAGGCGACGACAAGAAUCUGGUCGAGGACGGCGGGCCUAUGGGCCUCGAGGUCGACGAGCUGCGCAUCGCGUGUAUGGAGCGCGGCAUCGACGUCCUGGGCAAGAGCGAGUCGGAGAUGCGGACAUGGCUGGGUGACUGGCUCCGGCUGACGGCGGCCGAGGAUCUGACGGAGCGCCGGAGGAGGAUGACGACGUUGCUGAUGACGAGACAAGAGAACUGGCCGCAGAACCGCGACUUUGCGGUGCCGGAAUGGCAUCUAUAA